GGUGGGGCAGGAGGUGGAGAGGGUGGUGAGGCAGGAGGUGGAGAGGGCUGCAGGUGAUGGAUGGACCAGCUGCAUCAAUCAUUUAAAGGAAUAUCUACUAUUUCCUGUGAUCAUCCUGCUCAAAAGCGGAAAAAAAUGUUCCUGGGCACUACAAGAAGAAAUGGUUGGAGUUGUGCACGUUGUUCUUGGCCGCUCCAUUGUCGAGGAGUUUACAUUCUUCCAAGAACUUUUCACACAACUCUUUCAUAUUCUCACUGAUAAAGCAAAUCCCCAAAAAGUGGACAGUAUAAGUGAAGAGUGUAAGAAGACCUCCUUGGCAGCAGUGUCUCUACUCAUCCAAAACAGUGGAGAUUCUGUCAGACAAAAGGUGUAUGGAGACACCUUCAGGCCACAGCUUGGUCAUGCUGUCUACAUCACUCUCAAACUUGCACAAGAGGAAAAGAAUCGCAGUUUGAAAAUACAAGCUAUGGAAACUUUGUCAGCUCUGGGCCAGCAGAAGACAUUUCACACACUCAGCAGCCAAGAUCAGAACCUCCUAAGUUAUACUUUUGCCAAUUUCCUACCUGGCAUUGUCUUGGCUUUAACUAAGGUUGCUACUGCUGAUGAAAAGCAGGGUCACAAGGUUACUGCAGUUGCUAUUGAUGCCUGGAGCUACUUUGUCAUGUUGGUGAUGAGAGACAAGUUUUUGGAGGAGCACACACCAAGGUUGGGGGAAAGUGAGGCUGUCAGCCAGCUUCGAAAACAACUGUUUGGUCAAGAUCAGGAAAAAGGAAAGAAAAGAGAACUGCCGUCAAAAGACAACAAGUUUGUGCUCCCAGAACCAGAGGAAGAGGUCUCAUCCUCAAAAUUACAAAAUGUUGAGAUUACAAGUGAGUGGAUACACAAGACAUCAGGCAAGUUGAUGCUAUUGGUACAGUCACUGGCAAAGCUUGUAAUCCACACUCACUGGAGGGUACGACUUAGUCUUGUGCAUUGGGCACAGCAACUAAUUUGCAAGUGUUCUAGGUCACUGGCAGAAGCUAUAGUUAUGGCAGUUGAAGUGAUAGUGGGACUACGCAGUGAUGAUAUGGUAGAUGUGGGAACAGCAGCACAGGAUGCUAUGUUGACAGUUACUCAAGCUCUUGAAUUUAAGGGAGAACACACCCAGACUAAACAAGUCUUGCUCGAGUUACUUGAAGAACGUGUUUAUGCCCUUUCUACGCAGUUACCUACAAUCUGUCGGCAACAAGAUGAUUCUAAGACUCUAACAACUGUGCGGAAACUUCUGGGGUCUUUAGAAGUAUUAGGAGAGAGAUUAGCACAGAUAAUGGCAUGGCCUGGUCACUCUCACCGCCUACUGCAGUCUUUCUCCUUUGCCCUGACCUUGGAUGUAACAGACUCUGACCUCUUGUUAGAGAGGACACUUGCUCAAGAUCCUUUUGAAGUGUUAACCAUCAAACCAUCAUUGGGGAAGGGUUUUAGAUAUUUCCAAGAUUUGCGAAUAUUAGAGGCUAUAGGAACCGCCUGUCAUCUGAUUGGUUUUCACAGCAACAUGGUAGCUGUGAUAGACCUGUGCUUAGAUAUUCUGCAACAAUCUACUCAUCACCAAAAGGAAGCUCUUCUUUUGCUCACCCUCAUUAUUCAAGGAAGAGAUGAAAGAAAAUACAGAGAGAAGGACAGAAACAGCAUCCCACAAGAGGAGGGUGAACAGGUGGUGCAGAGUGUGUUGGAGGUGAUCAUGUGUCAGGAUAUUUUCAAUGCACCACUUUAUGUUCUCACUCAAUCUAAUGGAAACACUGGCGAUGCUAAAGACAUAAUCACCUCUUUAGUUCCUGUGAAUAAACAGAAAAACGUCUCUAUUGAACUAAUUAAAAGUAAUAUAGUUCUUGUUGCCAAUACUCUGAAUUUAAUAAGUGUAUGUGCUCGAAUGAUGGGCACUAAUUUUGUAAUGUUUCUCAGCAAAGUUCUGUGUUCUGUAAUGGAAAAAGCAGGUGAAGCUAAUGUGCUGGUUGGUCACACUGCUGCUAACACAUUAAAGGAAAUUGCUCUGUCAUGUAAAUAUAAAAAUGUUGCUGAACUAAUUGAAAAGAGUGUCCCCCAGUUUUGGUACCCACUCUCUAUGCGGCUGAAAAGAUUACCCCAGUAUCCUUCUGCACCAUUAGUUCUUCAAGUUUCUCUUGAGUAUGCCAACAUUGAUGUCAUGGCUUUUACAGAAGAGUUAGUGGAGGAUGUGCUGUCCUGUCUUGAUACUUAUCAUAAUAACGAGGCUUUACCUUUAUUAAGAGUACUCUUAGUGUAUGUCACUGCUGUUGUUAGGUAUGCAUCUAAAACUGAAGUUGUUGAGAAGGAUUUUGAAUCAGUUAAUGAAAUGAAUGAAUACUUAGACAACAGAGAUAGGACAGGAAAAUCUGAAGCUAAACAAAAGGGCAUUGUUGAUAAUGUUGCAGCAUGUGAUAAUUAUGGUCCAGUGGCAUUGUUUUUAGACAACUACCAUAAAGACCAAGUGAAAGUUAAGCAAGGUAUUGAAGGAAGUGAUUCUUUUGAUGUAAAUGAACAUGAAGAUGACAGUGGUGCAGAAAAUUUUAAGAAACAAGUGAAUCAGCAGGAAUAUGAGGAUGGAAUGAGUGAUAACAUCCAUGAAGAAAAUGAUGAGAAGAAGAAGGUACCAAAAUACAUUGAGCUUGUUGUUAAUAUUAUGGAAAGAUGUUCUCAUAUGCUAUAUUUGCAAGAUAGAAAAAUUAAGAUUCUAAUAAUGGAAGUAGUUAAGGCAGGAUGUACAGCUCUAACUCAGUGGGAGGAUCAGAGGUUACCAGUGUGUCACAAGUUAUGGAAACCAUUGGUAUUAAGGUUAAAGGACUCUGAUUUUGUGGUAAUGAUUUGUGCCCUUGAGGUACUGUCAGUAAUGGUUGUCAGCAGUGGGGGAUUUCUUCGACGGCGCACAAUGAAGGAAGUAUUCCCACCUCUCUUGUCCUUUUUGAGAAGUCAAAGUCAUACAAGCUUAGGAAAAACUAAGGGGAGUGGGUAUUAUAUGACAGCUGCUUAUCGUGCCCAAAAGAUAUUAUUGAGGACACUGCCGUCCUUAAUCAGAUCAUUAAUGUUGACUGUAGAUGAAAUGUCAGACCUUGUUAAUGUGCUGAUGCUUUAUUUGGACUCCCGACAACCUACUGAACUCUGUAGAGCUGGAAUUACCCUGGUGAAACAAGUGGCACAGAGUCACCCACAUCAUGUAUGGUUGGCAUUAGCUCAUCAGCAGUCACCUGUAAGAAUAAUUCCACCUGCAGCUAAUUUAGCAACACUCAAGAUAAAUGGAGCUGGUAAAAGAGACCUUCCACAAGAAGUUUUGGAAUUAUACAAGCAGCUGUCUUAAGAGGUGAUUAGGACUUCAUUGUAUAGUAUUGCAAUAAUGUGCUCACUAAUAUGUAUUAUAAUGCAUACCCAGCUAUUGAUACCUAAUGAGAUUUUAUGUUGAUGAAAUUAAAACUAUUGAAAUUUUUGUUAAUGACAUCAUAUGAAA